CACCAAAAAUUGGAUUGGUUUCAUGCAACGUCGAUUUCAUGAACGAUUGCGUGAUCCAAGGUUUCAAAGACUUCCUAAGAAGUUGCGAAAGGUCUCAACUGACAGACGUUUCAGGUCAAUUUCGAGUAAGUUUCUAGAACGAAGUCAACCUGAUGUCGACAAGUUUGGAAGGCCCAUCGACAGAAACAAAAAGCUUUCCGAACAACAGGAAUUGGAAAGCUAUUAUCAAGUCCUUUCCGACCCUUCUUCUUCAGAAGAAGAGUCUAAUGCAGUCACAGAAACACCAGAAAAGUGGGCAAGUGAAGUUAGUAAGAGUGAAAUGGUUUCUAUAGAACAUUCUUCUAAUCAAGAGGCUACCUCUGCCUCGAGUGUUGUUCCCCUUGGCAGAGAAACUCAUCGUUUGGCAGUGACAAAUCUAGACUGGAAAAGACUGUACGCUGUAGAUAUUUUAGCAGCUUUGAAUUCCUUUUGUCCUGAAUCGGGUCAGAUUUUGAGUAUUUGCGUAUAUCCAACAGAAUAUGGGAAAUACUGGUUGAACAAAGAAAGUCAGGAGGGUCCACAACUUGAGCGUUUUAGGAAGAAAGCUCUUGAAACUUUGAAUGAUAAUUCAGCAUAUACCACAAACAUUCUCAAUCUAGAACAAGAGGAAUUUGAUGAACAACUUUCGUCAGAAAUUGCCAGACAGUAUGAGUUGGACAGAGAAAAAUUCUAUGUUGGAGUUGUCGUUUGUGAUUCUGUUGCCACAGCUUCUUCAAUUUAUGAACAGUGUGACGGAUUAGAAUUGGAAAGUAGUGGCAAUGUGUUUGAUUUACGAUUCAUACCGGACGAUGUUGUCUUUCAGGACCUUCCCAGAGAUUCUGCUGGUCAAGUACCCAAUAACUAUGAACCGAAAACAUUUUCUACUUUGCCUUUGCAACAUACUUUUGCAAAACUUUCAUGGGAUGAAGACGAUCCACAUCGUGCAAAACUGAAGAAACGGCGUUUCACGGAACAAGACUUGUUAGAUGAUGAUUUAAGAACUUAUCUUGCUUCCUCGGAUUCUGAGAUAGAAGAAGAGAAAAGGGAUGUCUAUAAGCAGUUAGCCUCAGAAGUUCUUUCUUCAGGCAAGGACCGACAUGUAGAGAAAGAAGAGAAUCUCGAAAUGGAAGCCACCUUUAUUUCAGGUUUAGAUAAUAUCGGAAAGAAGAUAUUGCAAUCUAAAGAACAAAAGGAGGUAGAAAUGAAUGAAAGUGCAUGGGAGAGACGCCUUCGAAAGAUGAAAAGUAAGAAAAACGCAGGUAAAGAUCGGAAAGUAUAUAAAAACGACGAGUCACCUAAUCCUGUACCAGCCUCAAAGGAUGAUAAAUCAAGUAUUCGCAAAGAAGCAGAAUUGGAGUUACUCUUUAUGAAUUCGAAAGAAACAAACGAUUAUUCUUCAGACGAGGGCAAACAAAGGAAAUCCAAACUGAAGAAAGUGAAAUCAAAUCCUGAGAACUUUUCUUUAGAUACUGAAGAUCCUCGCUUUGCUGCAUUGUACCACUCACAUGACUUUGCAUUAGACCCAACUGAUUCACGAUUCAAGAAGAGUUCUGGAAUGAAAAAACUUCUACAUGAAAGAUCGAAAAGACUUUAUGAUACUUCAUGAACUGUGGAAACAAAUGAAGUAGUAUUCUACAAUAAACUGAGAUGAACAUCAAAAGGUAUUAUUCCACAAUAUCGUCAAAUGCUUCGACUCGUGAACUAAUUCUAAUGCUUCGUCUCUCCAUCGUCUUUGAGAAGUGUUUUGCAAUAAUUUCUCUCGCAAUGACUUACUCGGCUUGAAACAAGUCAAAAUGUCCAACUCGAAAUCAGAUAUCUCCAAAGUUUCCGUAGUUGUUCCAGUUUCUUCCGUGUAUUGACUCCUUACAUUUUCUUCCGAAUGGACAGAUUUGUUGGUGUCUCUAGGAUAACCGACUUCUCUACUACUACUCUGGAUAUUCUCAGUGACCCUCAAGCUGGACUCCAAAGAAACUUCCUUCAAAGCUUUUGCGGCACCUUCUAGUUGUUCUAUGGCUUCUCGCAAGGAAUAUUGGCCUUGGCUCGAUUCUGAGAAAUAAAAGAUGUUUCGGUCAA